CAAAGGGAAAAGGGCAGCUGGAGCUCCACACUUCAAAUCUUCUUUCCUCGAGAAAUAUCCCUUACAGUCUUUAUUGCGAUAAACAUUCAGGAGUUCCGUGAGUGGCUAGACUUUUGCUGCGAGCCUUUAGGUAUGUAGACAAAGAUAGGACGUUUAGUUUAGUGCUUGGGCUGCCCCUGCCAAGCGCAAAUAGGAAAGAAGACGAGGGAAGGAAGAAAGAAAGAAAAAAGUCAGCAGAGCAGUUUUGGACUCUUAAGAGUUUCACUCCGCAACGAGCAUCUGCACGCGAGCGAGAGCAAAGAAAAGUUUCGGCAACUGGAGGAAAGUCAGCUUCGGACCAGCAUCCUGUCUUGAUGAAGUACUGAGGAAUGCUCAGUCGUCAUGGAAACCCAGUCCCAGACCAGUUCUGCAGUGGAGAAGAAGAAGAAGGUGGAGAGUAUCUUAGCCACCAAGAGUACUUCCACCCGUAUAGACAUCAGUGAGAAGGCUGUGGCCUCCAGCACUACCUCUAACGAGGAUGAAAGUUCAGGUUCCCCGUAUCAUCGCGAGAGGCGGAACGCUAUCGGUGGAAAACUGAGCGAGGAGCCGUCCACCUCUACAGAAGAGCGCUCUCCAUUGGUGAAGAAAGAAAUUCAUAGCUCCCUGCCCCAUCUGGUAGACCCCACCCUACCCUACCGGGGGACUCUCUUCACCAUGGACCCUCGCAAUGGUUACCUGGACCAUCAUUACACUCCACCUCAGUUCUUCCCUGCUUUUCAUCCUCCGGUACCAAUUGAUGACAGACACGCACAAGGGCGGUACAUUUAUGAACCCUCGCCGGUACCUCCUCUACACAUGCCUCCUGCACUGGCGGCCAGCCCGGCGUUUUCGGAUAUCUCCCUCAUCCGGAUCUCGCCGCAUCGGAAUCCUUCAUUGGGGGCGGAGUCGCCCUUUAACCCCCCACAUCCAUACAUUAACCCCUACAUGGACUACAUCCGUUCGCUGCACACCAGUCCCUCCCUCUCCAUGAUAUCUGCGGCUAGAGGCCUCAGUCCUGCAGAUGCCCCCCACACGGGUUUAACCACAGCAGAGUACUACCACCAGAUGGCCCUGCUCGCAGGUCACCGCAGUCCCUAUGCUGACAUCAUUCCCUCAACUGGGCCUGGAAGCAACGCUUUGCACAUGGAGUACCUGCAGGCUAUGGAAAAUUCUCGAUUUCCCAGUCCCAGGCUCACAACUCGGCCCAGCAGAAAACGUCCCCUAACCAGCUCUCCUUCUUUGUCUGACCCCAGCUUUGACCUGCAGGCCAUGAUUCGCACCUCACCCAACUCUCUGGUCACUAUACUAAAUAAUUCUCGCUCCAGCUCUUCCACUGGAGGAUCAUACGGGCAUCUCUCAGCGGGCACUAUAAGCCCUGCAUUAAGUUUUGCUUAUCCUCCAAACCCUGUGGCACUACAAAUGCAUCAGCAACUGAUUAGCCGUCAGCCAAACAUUGUGGGGUCUGCAUUUGGCCACAGUCCGCCCCUCAUCCACCCAUCUCCUGCCUUUGCCACCCAAAGACCUGUGUCAGGCAUUCACCCGUCCAGCCUGGCACCUACAGAGCGAUCCACAGCCUCAACUGACUCACAGAACAAACCCACCAGCGAGUCGGCUGUGAGCAGCACAGGGGACCCCAUGCACCACAAACGCUCCAAACUCAAACCAGACGAAGAGCCGCCCAGCCCCGGGGCCAUCAGCGUACAGGAACAAACGGAUGGAAUGACUCUGGUGAAAGAGGAAGGGGAUAAAGAGGACGGCAAGCAGGAACCGGAGGUUGUGUACGAGACCAACUGCCACUGGGAAGGCUGCUGCCGGGAGUUUGACACCCAGGAACAGCUCGUACAUCACAUAAAUAACGACCACAUCCACGGAGAAAAAAAGGAGUUUGUGUGUCGCUGGGAAGAGUGUUCAAGAGAGCAGAAACCCUUUAAAGCCCAGUACAUGCUGGUGGUGCACAUGCGCAGACAUACGGGAGAAAAGCCACAUAAGUGCACGUUUGAAGGCUGUUCAAAGGCUUAUUCCAGACUGGAGAACCUGAAGACACACUUGCGCUCGCACACAGGAGAGAAGCCCUAUGUGUGCGAGCAUGAAGGCUGCAACAAAGCCUUUUCCAACGCGUCUGACCGAGCCAAACACCAGAACCGCACGCACUCCAAUGAGAAACCCUACGUGUGUAAAAUUCCUGGUUGCACUAAGCGAUACACUGACCCCAGCUCCUUACGGAAACACGUUAAAACUGUCCACGGACCUGAAGCCCAUGUCACCAAGAAACAGCGUGGGGAUACAUACCCACGACCCCCACCACAGCCUCGAGAACCUGGAGGUAAUGGGCAGGGCCGUUCACCAGGUCACCUUUCCCUCGGAGCUAUAACUGACCAAAGGGAGUAUAACCACGCUACCUCGAAACAAGACCAAUGUCUACAAGUCAAGUCAAUCAAGACAGAAAAGCCCAUGACGUCUCAGCCAAGCCCUGGCAGUCAGUCUUCAUGCGGCAGUGACCAGUCCCCCGGCAGCCCCCAUCUCAGCCGUGGAGUCCAGUUUGCUUUGAGCAGCAUUGGGCUUGCAGGGGAGGCGGCAUUGCUUGAGGACCAAGAAAAUGAAGAUGAGGAAGGAGAGGGAGAAGAGGAGGAUGCCCCCAUCAUGGACUCUACAGUAUCCACCGCAACAGCCACGGCAGCAACACUAGCUUUGCAGGCUCACCGAAGUGUACGGCCACUACGCUGGAUGGAGCAUGUUAAAAUGGAGAGGUUAAGGCAGGUUAAUGGAGCUGUGCCUAGGCUAGGACAUCUGUCCCCCACACCACCCCCAAAAGGCCAAGCCCUGCCUGCCCUCACAGGAAAAGGUCCAUUCCUUGGUAGAAAUAGUUCUGUAGGGGCACCAGUGCCUCCUUUGCGUCUUGAGCCAUCCAACACAGAGCUGACAAUGCUGAGUUUGCUGCAUGAGCGCCGAGACAGCAGUGGCAGCGCAACCAGCUCCGCUUACUUGAGCAGCAGCCGUCGCUCUUCUGGCAUCUCCCCCUGCUUCUCCAGCCGCCGCUCUAGCCAGGCCUCACAAUCUGAGCACAGCCACCAUCGACGUCUCCACAAUCUCAGUUCCACUGACUCUUAUGAUCCUAUUUCCACCGAUGCUUCCCGACGCUCCAGUGAGGCCAGCCAGUGCGGAGGAGGUGGAAGUUCGUUUGGGGUAAUGCACGGUGGAAACUGGAAUGGUGGAGGUCUUGGAGGAAGUGGGAUAGGAACAAGAGGUUGUCUGAACCUUACUCCAGCACAGCAUUAUCACCUCAAGGCGAAGUAUGCAGCUGCUACAGGUGGGCCACCACCCACACCCUUGCCCAACAUGGAACAGAUGAGCUUAAAAUCUCGUCUGGCUAUGAUGGGAGAUGGACAAGACCCAGGUCAGCUCACACUACCACCUCUAGUCAGACCACGUCGCUGCAGUGAUGGUACACACGGUGCACAUGGCAGUCAGACAGUGUAUCAACGAAGGGGGUUGUACCCUGGUGAAGGUCCAGGAAAUAUUGAUAGAAGAGCCAGUGACCCUGUACGGACAAGGGAUCCUAGUGCUUUUGGCUUGCCACAGAUACAGCGUUUCAACAGUUUGAAUAACAUGAAUUCAUUACCCAAUCUUAGUGGUAAUCAGUACUCCGAUGGAGAAGAUCUGGGUCUGAACCUGCAGAACUAUGUCUACCCAGUAGGCAGUUUGCAGAGGAGCAUACACUCUCCCUGCCCUCCUAGCAUCAUGGAACAAUCAGCACUUGAGGACUUGGCUAUAGACCAGGAUGGUGGUCUGUUAAAUGCAGAUGAAGACAUUUUGCCAGAUGACUUGGUGCAGUAUCUCCGCUCCCAAGAUCAUGAAUUGGCUCACGACCAGGAAAGUAUUAACAAUGUUUCCAGUCCCCGUAGAUCCACUUUUGACCAGGGUACUGCAGUUGGUCAGAAUUUCCUUAGCCCGCAACAGCAGCAGGAAGCGCCAGAAGGAGAAGGUACAAGUAGAAAUCGGAUGCCUAUCCAAUGGAAUGAAGUGAGCUCUGGAAGCACUGAUGUUUCUCCUCCCAGAGAGCAGCCUCAGAGGUGCAGGAGAUGGUCAGACCAGAGUGGCUUGAUGAGCAACCCCUUUGGUCGCUUUGGGAACAUGGUUGUGCAGCAACAACAACUACAUACAGAUUUCAUAGACCAGCACUCAACCCUUCAAACAGGUGGUGUCCAACACAUGGAAAAUGAGAGCUUUGGGUCCAGACAUCCAGACCAACGUCAGCAAUUUACCAAGGCAACCCAACAUCUCUCUUGCAGGAUGAAUCCAGGUUCAGUUCAGUCUUCCUCAAUGUCCCAGCUGCAGUCAAGGCACAAUUUUGGUCGACCAGACUUCUCUCGUAUCUCUUUGGGGCCCAUCCGUCCUAGCUGUGUCCAACAGACAACUGCUUCCCAAACCCACCUCCAGCAAAAUAGCACAACGACGCAUCAAAUCAGUGGCAAUCUUCUGCUGCAAAGACCAGCUAACUGCAGUGUGUCUCCAUCAUCAAUAUUAUCUCACGAGCCCCAGCCUCCUAUGACCCACCCACCAGCCAACAGUGGCCACAGAGGCACGAAUCAUACAAAAUCCUACUCCACUCAGCAAAACAAUGCACAGUUAUUUCAGCAAAAAAUCUUAAGAAAUGGAAAUGGUGCCAAUUGCUCCCUAGCCAAUCAAGUUUCAGGACUGAAGCUAGAGGCAAAUGAUCAUAUACAGACCAACACUUGCUCUUCCAUCCAGCAACAACAUUCAGCAUUUAUUGCUGAUUGUUUUGACCCAGCAGAGUCCAAACCAUCAUCUUCUCAUGACAUCAUGCCGUCAGGUCUACUUGAGUCCUUCAUAACAGAAACUGAAACACCUUCCGAGGUCAUUUUGUCACCGGGAGUUGAUCAGGUGACCAGCACAGUAGAAGGCAGCCCAGUUGUAGGAUUGGACAUUUGUUCAAUUCUUGAGGAUAGCUAUGAGCAGGGUAGUAUGGUGUCUGAUAUCAUAAGUCCCAGUGUUCUUCAGGGUCUGUCUCGGACUUCCUCCCGGCUAACUACUCCUCGUCUUUCAGCUGCAUUUCACAGCAUGCAUCCGGGCACUAACAACAUGGCUAUUGGUGACAUGAGCUCCCUCCUUACCACACUUGCAGAAGAGAGCAAAUUUCUGGCUAUAAUGCAGUAGUCUGUGAUGUCCCUACUACUGCAAGAACGUAGAAGAAUGCUUUAAAUUGUGCAUGUAAUGUAAAGAUUGAAGAAAAGAAAGACUUUAAAGUAGUUUAAUGUGAUAAUGUGUUGGCACAUGAUCUAUUUUGAAUCUGCCCUAUUUUUAUAGAGGCAGUGACCAGUAAAACCAUAUAAAUAUAUAUAUAUAAAAAUAUAUAAAUACUUAUUCCAUUUCUGGAAUAGAGGCUAUUUUAACAGCCUGUCUUUUAUAUUGCUAUUGUGAUGACAGCAGAAGACAUUAAUCUUCUUCCCAUGACAUUAAAACAGUAUUCUGUUGUUUCUAUACGUGCAUGUUAUUUUUUCCUGUCAGGUGUACACAGUGUCCACUAAAAUGAGUAGAUGUACUCAUCAGGUCAAGACGGGGUCAGAUAUCACUCAUAGCAGGCCCAUUUAUUGUAUUUUAUUAUUCUGAUUAUGUCUUUUGUAAGCGUCUUAAAUCAAUGUUAAGGUGAUUUCAUAAGUCUUACUAAAUGUUUUGACCAAGAUGGCAUUGAGACCAAGUAGGAGGGACCAUUAUGUUACAAAUAAGGGUACGAAAAUGAUAAACCAGAACGCAAGAGCUGUACUCUCUAUCUUGAUUUAGCUUGAUUGUAUUCUUGUAAAUAAAUGUUGAUAUAUUUUUUUUAUAUUGUAAAAUGUUCAUAUUCUUCACGACUGGUGCUGACAGUAAGCAGUGUAUUAUGUGACAAUUGUUGGGGUUAUUUUAGUCAAUGUCAACAUGUUGCUUAUUGCACAAAAAUUUUGAAUUUGUGGCCAAAAUGUGUUGAAAACAUUAGUAAAUUCUUGUUUAAAUAUAUAUUUUAUGUUGCUUUUUACACAGGUGUUUGUGUGCUGUUUUGUCAGAACAGUGCAGUGAUUCUGUAAUGUGGAAUAUGUCUUGGUUUUUUUUUUUGGUCAUCCAUUUUUAUAAAAAAACAGACCUUCCCGUUUAUGAUAAAAAAAAAGACUUAUGAAUAACAAGACAUGUCAAGCUCUUGCAAGAGCUAAAAGAUUUAAAGCAGUAUUAAAAUUACCUUUCUGCAGGUAGUUUCUACCUGCAUAUGUACAGUUUUUUAAAGGUGUACUCUAGUAAUGAGGUUUCAUUUUUGUUUUUGUAUGGUUAUAUAAAUUGCUUUCUGUAGCUGUGUAUCAGUGUCAUGGUUUUUUUUUUUUUUUUUUUUAAGUGGUAUGACCCAUUCCCAGAGGAAAAGGACUACAGGGUCUGGGCCUAAGGUAUGUGCCUUAUGAAUGCCUGUCCAAACAAACACUGCCAAUUUUUUACGUAACUAAAUAUAAUAAAAAUGUGUAUGAAUCUGUGGCAGGAGUCCUAUGAUAACAUGUAACAUUCAACACUAGAUUCUGCUGGUUGGGCAUUGAAAAUAUGAGUGUAUAAGCAAUGUUAGCUGAACAUUGUUUUUUUUGUAUUUACAUUUCUUUUUCAUUUUGUUUUAUGCUUGUAAAUACAUUAUUUCAGUAGACUGUAGCUAAGAGUUUAGAAGGCAUCAGGGGUCAGAAUUAGUAAAAAUCCUAUAAAGCAGAAAUCCUAAUGCUCUGUGUUAAAUUUAAACAAAGAGAUCGAAAUAGAGUCGAAGUGCAUAGCACCCUCAGACUGGGAACAAAAUAUCAAUGCUCUUUUUUAUAUCAGAUUACAAAUGUUUGUAUGGUUUUAAUAAAAAAAUGUAAAUGA